UUAUUAAGAAGUAAUGCUAAUCCUCAAUAUUGCAAUGAUAGCACUUCAGCAAUCACAAACUGCUCAUUGUUGCCAAGUACUAGUAGCGCUGAGAUAACAAUGUCUUCACUGCAUACUUCCAUAACAAGUUCACAGUCUUUGCUGUACACAAGCAGCAGCACUUCAAAGGAAUACUUCCAUACUACUACUAAUUCCAUUGAAGGUAAAACUUCAUCAUCGCUAAUUCCUUCUCAUAGUACUUCUCCUACAAUACAAGCUUCUUCUCCUAUAAUACAAGCUUUUUCUACAGCAACUACAGUAUCUUCUACAGCAAAUGCAAUAUCUCCUACAGGAGCUACAAUAUCUCCUACAGCUCUAAGCAAUGGGGGAACUUCAACUCAAUUCUUUUUCAUUUUAGGUGUAUCAGUUGCUGCACUUCUAAUCAUCAUCAUUGUCUUUUUACUUGUCUUAAUUUUCCUGUUUGGCUACAAGUGCAUUAAGAGAUGUCGUAGUGAAAGACUUGCCAAUAAGACGAUAGUAGACUCUGCUAGAAAUACAACUGGACAAAAUCCUCAUAUAUCAACGGGUGUCAAUCCUUCAUAUCAUCAACACUCAAUCAUUACUGCAGCUGGCCCUACAUGCAACACAGGGAGAGAGGAAGGGAGUCAAAUGAAAGAGGGACAACAGAAUUAUGAAUUGGUUGAUAGCAAUAAAUAUGAUGACAUUCAUGUUUAUUUUCA